AUGAUUAACGCGCUGUGCAAAUUAGGUUCUCGGACUAAAUCAUUGCCACUGAGAUUCCUUUCAGUAUCUGCCAUACAUAAUGCUAAUCACUCUUGCAAAUUAUUAGUAAUUGGAGGUGGUUCUGGUGGGUGCACAAUAGCUGCUAAGUUUGCAAGAAGGCUAAAGAAAGGGUCCGUUAUUGUUUUAGAGCCAAGUUCUGACCAUUAUUAUCAACCCCUAUUUACUCUGGUGGGUGCUGGAGUGACCUCCGUCGCCGCUACCAGGCGCAGUGCGAAAAGCGUGCUCCCGUCUAAUGCCACUUGGUUAAAGGACACAGCGCAGAGCAUAGACCCAGAGAAAAAUGUGGUUAGAACAGCCGAGGGUCAUGAGAUUCAGUACGAGUACGCCGUCAUAGCUGUGGGGUUGCAAUAUAAUUAUGAUAAGGUGCCCGGACUUCGCGAUGCCCUGAACGACAAAGGAAGCGGAGUAUCCACCAUCUAUUCUCCAGAUUACUGCGAGAAAACAUGGUCGGACCUGAAAAACUUCAAGGGAGGCGAAGCCGUCUUCACGUAUCCAGACACGCCCAUUAAGUGCCCUGGCGCACCGCAAAAGAUUGCGUAUAUGUCGGAUGCUUAUUUUGAUAAGACAAACAUAAGAUCUCGAGUAAACAUUACCUACAACACACAUCUGCCGGUAAUAUUCGGUGUGAAGAAAUACGCAGAUAUUCUUAUGAAGGUGGUGAAAAAACGGCGAAUCAAUGUCAACUAUAAAACAGUGUUGAAAGAGGUUCGCGCGGACAAGAAAGAGGCUGUUUUCUUCAACGCAGAUGAUAAGUCAAAGUUAAUUACACUUCCCUACGACAUGUUACACGUUACACCGCCGAUGUUCACACCGGAGUUCCUUCGCAACAGUGCAGACAUUGUAGAUGCGGCUGGUUUCCUUGACGUGGAUAAGUUCACUCUGCAGCAUCGUAAAUACCCCAACAUAUAUGGGAUCGGUGAUUGCACGAAUACGCCCAACAGUAAAACCGCUGCGGCCAUUGCAAAACAAUCAUACGUCGUCGAGCACAAUUUACUGAGCACGAUGGAUGGUAAAAAUAGCUUGGUUCAGAAGUACAAUGGUUAUGGAGCUUGUCCCAUCGUCACACAUUAUGGUAAAUGUAUCCUCGCCGAAUUCGUCUAUGAUGGUGUACCUAGAGAAACCCUACCCAUUAAUCAGGCUCGUGAAAGCACAAUCGCAUACUACAUGAAGCGAGAUCUGUUCCCCUUCUUGUAUUGGCACUUUAUGCUGAAGGGUUAUUACCAUGGUCCGGAGUGGGUCCACUACUACCAACCGUUAUUCACUCUCGUCGGUGCCGGGAUGAAGCCCUUCGCGGAGAGUUAUAAAAAGACUCAGUCAAUAUUACCACCCAAAGUAAUGUGGCUCAAGGAUGAGGUAGACCAAUUUGACCCUUGCAACAAUGCCGUUUUCACGAAAUGCGGAUUGAGAGUGAGAUACGAUGUCGUUGUUAUUGGCAUUGGAUUGAAAAACGACUAUGAUAAGAUUCCAGGGCUAUCCCAAUACCUAAGCGAUCCCCUAUCCCCCGUAUCGACUAUAUACUCCCCGCAGUACUGUACCAAAAGCUGGUGUUGCCUGCAGCGUUUCAAAGGAGGACACGCUCUGUUUACGUUUCCUAAAGAAGUCGGAAAGUGCUCGGGGGCGGCGCAGAAGAUUAUGUAUUUAGCACACGACUAUUGGUCGCAGAAUAAGAUUCGUCCACAGACAAGUAUCACAUAUGUCACGCCAAAAGACACUGUUUUCGGGAUUCCGAAGUACGCCAAAGCUUUGAGCAAAAUAGCUGAAAAUAAAAGUAUAGCUGUCAACUACAACUUAGAAUUGGUUGAGGUGUUACCUAAGAAGGCGAUUUUCAAAAAUUCAUGGGGACAGACAGUUAUUCUUCCCUACAAUUUCUUACACGUGACUCCGCCUAUGUCUCCUCCAGCAUGUCUCUCAAAAUGUUCUGAGCUAGUCACUGAUGGUUAUCUCAAUGUUGACAAACAUACUCUUCAGCAUAAAAGAUACUCCAACGUGUUUGGAAUAGGAGAUUGCUUAAACACACCUAACAGUAAAACUGCAGCUGCCGUUGUACAACAAAGUGGGGUAGUUGCACAAAAUCUAUGGAACACUAUGUACGGAAAACCGCUUAAUUCUACAUAUGAUGGAUAUGGUGCUUGCCCAAUUCUAACAUCAUAUAAAAGUGGCAUUAUUGCCGAGUUCAAAUACGACGGUAAGACUGCGGAGACCCUGCCCUUCGAUCAGGUACUUCUUACUUUUAUAUCAUGCUGUAUGUCAUCAAUCUAUUCCAAAAUGCUUGGAUCAUAUGAUGAAGGAAGCGGUGUGUGA